UAAGAAAAAAAUGAGUACAUUGGACGUAGCUAGAGCAGAGCUUGGCCUUGCGGUUCUGUAUUUGAACAAAGCCGAAGCCAGGGACAAGAUAUGCAGGGCAAUACAAUAUGGUUCAAAAUACUUGAGUAACCGGGAGCCUGGCACAGCCCAAAAUGUUGACAAAUCAACUAGCUUGGCACGGAAAGUGUUCCGUCUUUUCAAGUUUGUCAAUGAUCUGCACGCGCUCAUUAGUCCAACUUCUCCUGGAACACCCCUUCCCCUUGUUUUGCUGGGAAAGUCCAAAAAUGCACUGUUGUCUACUUUCUUGUUUCUGGAUCAAAUUGUCUGGCUCAGUAGGACAGGCAUUUAUAAGGUAUGGAAUGAACUUUCUCCUCAUGCUGGAAUG